AUGUGGAUCUCAGGCAGGUGGAAACCCCCUGAUAAUGAGGAAGAAGCCAUAAAGAUCCAGGCCUGGUGGCGGGGUACCCUGGUGCGCCGGACGCUUUUGCACGCAGCCCUCAGAGCCUGGGUCAUUCAGUGUUGGUGGAGGCAGACGCUGGCGAGGCUGCUGACCACCAGGCGGCAAGCGGCGCUGAAGAAUCACGCAUGGCAAGAAUGGGCAGCGGUCAAGGUGCAGGCCUGGUUCCGCAUGUGGCGCAUCCGCAGGCGUUACUGCCGCUUGCUCAAAGCUGUCCGCAUUAUCCAGGCCUAUUGGCGGUGGCGUAAUUGCCACACCCGUGGCUAUUUCCAGGGCAGCUAUGAACUCACAGCAACCCAGCUGCAACUUGAGCUUGAAAUUCUUCUAGGCUCACUGAUUUGUCGAAUUACAGACUCCAUACCCUUCCCAAUAAAGAACUGA